AGAAUUUAUACAUCGCUUCAGUGUAAUCUUUGACUAAUAAUAAUAAUACGUGAACACUUAAGUAACGCCCCUCCACAAUUACAAGUACUUAUCUAAUAUUACCACCUCUACUAUUUUUGCGUACUCAUCAUUACCACUACUAUUUUUUUAAAUACAAUAUACUUUUAUGAUUGUUGGUGCAGUGCAGUCAUAAGAUCAUAAGUGAAUGUUGGUCAACCAUUGUGUAGAAUUAGGUAUUUAGACACCGGUUAGCAGCCUUUUAGAAUUUAGCCAUUUUUACCUUUAAAUACUGCUUAAAAAAUGUCCAAAUGAAGGGUAGCAUUUUUGUCUUACUUAUAUGCAGCUUGGCAUUUGCGCACAAGUCUAAGGACAAUAAAACUAAAUGGUGGAGUGUUCCAGAACCUGUAGCAACAGUUGGAAAAUUAUUUUAUUUUAAAAUACCCCAUGAUUCUUUUAUUGAAAAUACUGGACCUAUUGAUUUUCUCGGUCAAGAUGGUGGAGGACUACCAAGCUGGUUAGUGCAAAGUAAAGAUGGUGAACUGGAAGGUAUUCCAGGACCUGAAGAUGUUCGUGAUGGUUUAUUAGUUCGUGCUGGAGAUAAAAGUCGAAAAUCAAUUUCUGAUGUAGCGUAUAUUAGAGUUACACCUUUAAAAUGGAAAAAUGUUCGAAAUAAUAAACGAUGCAAGGUAUCUGAAGAUUCAAUACUUCUUUGUCUUGUAAUUGGAAUGAACUUCAAAAGCAUACAACCUUUACAAAGACUAAUUGCCCUAAAAAAUCUUGCUGGAUUUUUGAAUCUUCCACAAGACUCAGUGCUUUUAGUUCCCCAAGAAAGUGUAUCAUCAUGGUUAAUGGAUUAUUUAGUGUCAACUGAGAGACAAUCGUAUAAAAAACAUCAAUAUAAUGACACAUCAUUUGUCUUAUGGGAGGUUGGUUGUGGAGGAAGUAUUUGGCUAGAACAUAUUGAUCAUGUUCGUCAGAUGCAAAGUAAUGCUGUUGAUGGAACAUUGUCCGAAGUACUGCAACUUCCAGUGACAAGCUAUAGAUUAGUAAAUUCAUUGAACCCUUUAAGAGGACGGCGUCAAGUAAAUGGAAUGAAACAUAGUAAGGUCAUUACAAAUUUUGAAAUUGGAGAUUCUGAAGAAAAAAAAAAUGUUCAAGAUGACAUCAACAAUGAUGAAGAUGAUGAUGAUAUUUCGGAUGACGAUGAAAUUAUUCCUGAUUCAAGAAAAACACUUGUAGAGCCAUCUCCAGUUUUUUUGCCUGAUCAAUAUGAUACAGAUCAUCUUCAUAGACAUCAUCGUAGAGAUGAAUCAGUUAUGGAUUUCCAAAAAGACUCUAUAAGUCCCUCGCCUGUAUUGGAUUCAAGUCAAGUACCCUCAGUAGAUCCAAAUGGUGUUGUUAGAUCAUAUAAUAAUAUUCAACCCACUCCAACAUUUUUUGAGUCUAUGUCUUCUUCACCUACAACACCUGAAUUAGCUGAAUCAGUUGACAUGAAUGAAUCUUAUGCUACUACUAUGAUUGAUGAGAAUGUGUCUACAGAAACUCCUGCCUUAGCUCAAGACAAAGUAAAAGAAAUUAUCAGCAGCGAUUCUGGCAGUACAACAACAAUUUCCACAACAACAAAUUUCGAUGAUUCCAACUCGCCUCCGUUUGUAAAAAAAAAAUUUUCCAAACUACCUAUUACUGCAGGAAAACCUUUAAAGUAUGCUAUUCCUAAUACUGUAUUUUAUGACUCAGAAGAUGGUGAUGUGAAAAAUUUAAAAUUAUCAAUAUUAAAUACAGAUCCAACAUUAUUAUCUUGGAUAGAAUUUGACCAGGAAAAUCAAAUAUUAUAUGCAUUACCUUUAGAUAAACAUGUUUCAAAAUGGGAAGUCAUUAUUCAAGCACAAGACUCUGGUAAACUAACUGUAAAUGAUACUCUUGAAAUUGCAGUUCAUCAAUUGCCUCAUUAUCGUGCUAUUAAUCAUAAGAUCAUAUUACAAAUGCAUUUAAAACCAGAUUCAUUAGCUAUGACUCGCCCAGUUAGCUGGAGUUUAGAUAUAAUUGAAAAGCUUGCUGCAAUUUAUUCUUGUGAUACUAAUAAUAUUACAGUGUUAGAUAUACCAAACCCUGCUGUAUUAUUGGCUAAUGAAGAUAGAAGAAGUAUAAAAUUUAUUUGGACUAAUGAUACUCUACCACGAGACGUAUGCCCCAAUGAACAAAUACUACAAAUUCUAAGUAAUUUAAAGCCACAAAAAAUUAAUAAUAAUAAGUUUACAAAACUACUGGGUACAUCAGUUAUUUUAGAAGAUAUCAGUUGGGAAGGUUUAAGUAAUUGUGCAUCUCCACCUAUAUCAAGUCAAAAUUUCCAACCUGUACUAAGAAAUCCAGUUGAUCUAAUAAAUGCUUCCUAUGGGCAAUUGUUAUCUUAUAUUGUGCCUGAAGAUACAUUCUAUGACCCAGAUGAUGGUUCUUCAAGAAGAUUGAAGUUAUCACUAAUGACUAUUGAUCGUUCGCAAGUACCUUCAAAUAAUUGGUUGCAGUUUGAUCCUAAAAAUCAAGAAUUUUAUGGAAUUCCAAUGUGGAGUGAUAAAAAUUUUUCUGAAUAUCAGUUGAUAUGUACAGAUAGAGAUGGAAAAUCAAAUCAUGACAGCCUUGUUGUAUCUAUACACAAUGGAACUAAACCCUUAACUACUGCUGAAUUUAGUAUAAUUUUUAAAAAGCCAGAAUUUAAAGAAUUUAACAGCUCAGCUAAAUUAAAAAAGAUAUUCAUUGAGCAUUUAGCCAAACUUUUUAAUGAUAGCGAUACAUCCAAUAUUGUAUUACUUGAUAUUAACAUAGUAAACAGUAUGACUAAGGUGACUUGGUACAAUAAAACAUUAGAUACCAAUAAGUGUGAUGAAAAAAAAAUUCUUUAUUUACGAAAAAUUUUGUUAAAUGAUGAAGAAAAGUUGAAAGAAAAUGUAGCUAAAAUUAUGAGUACAUCAUUUCAUGUCAUUAGUGCAAAUGUUGUACCAACUGGUAUGUGUGAAGGUGGAUUUAUUGAAGUACGGCGAAAACCACCAAAAAACAUUUUAUCUGUUGAUGAUAAUAUAUGGAUGUUAUUUGAUACAACAGAUCAAUAUUUCUUCACUUUAAUUGUUCCAGCUAUAAUCAUUUUAGCUAUGAUAUUUAUUGCUGGACUACUAGCUUGUUUCUUAUAUCGCCGAAGACCCUCUACUAAAUUAAGAAUGGGGGAUAAUGAACGACAAAGUUUUCGUAGUCGUGGUAUUCCAGUUAUAUUUCAGGAUGAACUCGAUGAAAGACUAGAACCAACUAAUAAAACUCCAAUAAUAAUGAGAGAAGAAAAACCACCACUUCCACCACCUGAAUAUCAACGAUCCUUUCCUAUGGCUACUACUGCCUUAUUAGCAGACACAGAAGACUCACCUUAUCAACCACCACCUCCACCAUUUACAAGUAUUGGCUCUAAUCAUAGAUCAAAACCAACUUCUACACCCUCAUAUCGCAAGCCUCCACCUUAUGUUCCUCCUUAAAAAGCCUGACAUAUGUAUAUGUAGAUUUUUACAUAUAUUGUAAACUGGUCUCGUAAAUCAAUUUGACUGAUAAAUUUUUUUUGUCAUUGUUUGGAACUCCAGUUCCAGUUUAAAUUUAAAUUAUAAGAAAUUGCUAAUUAAAAGAAAUAAUUCUAAUAGUUUAUAUUAUAACUUGAUUUUUUUAUUUUAUUUUAUUCA